AUGGAAAAAUCCAGCCCUUUUCCUCCAGGCACUACGAGGCUCAUUGAUGUAGAUGGAUCUUUCAUCACCAAACAUGCUUCGGGCUCAAACGAGCAGGAUAUUGUUCUCAUCCCUCGUCCUUCUGAUGACCCAGAAGACCCUCUCAAUUGGACAAAGAAAAGAAAACUACUGGCAACAUCUUGCGUCUUUCUUUACACUGUAAUGAUUGCUAUCCCUAGCAGUGCAGUCUACUCUGUUGUAACGCCUAUCAGAGUGGCAACAGGCUUAUCUUUGAGUGAUAUCAACAACGGAACCGGUAUUAUGUUUUUGUUCUAUGGAUGGGGUUGUCUAAUUUGGCAGCCACUCGCACUUCAAUACGGCAAACGACCAGCUUAUCUUGCGUCACUUGUAGCCAACAUUGUAAUCCUGGCUACAGCGCCAAUGUGUACAACAAAAAAUACCUAUCUAGCAAAUAGGAUUUUGCUCGGGCUUUUCGGGGCACCAGUCGAAUCUCUUUGUGAAAUUUCUAUCACAGAUAUCUGGUUUGCUCACCAACGACCUAAAUACCUUGCUUGGUAUGGCUGGGGUCUUUCAAUGGCGGGUAAACUGGCACCUAUGCUCUCAGGUUUCAUAAAUGUCGGCAUGGGCUGGAAGUGGACUUUGUGGUGGUGUUCCAUCUUCAACGGCAUCGCUCUCAUUUACUGUUUUCUUUUCAUGGAAGAGACAAACUACGACCGGCCAGCCUCGCCAAGUACAGAUAGUGCUGCCGUGCUCUCUGGGACAAAACCAGAAGACCAGACAACUGCUAGUAAAUUGGAUGAGCAAGACCAAGACAAGACUGCGAACCAGAACUCAUCAAACGCCCACUCUGUUGACAGGGAGACGGGUCAAGUACUGUACCAACGAAAAACGUUUAUCCAGAAGCUUGGUAUCAAGGACAAACAAAGGCCUAACCGCAUGUUUGAUAUUGCGAUUAGUGGACUAACUGGCUUCACGUACCCCUCGGUGGUUUAUGCUGGUUUGAUGUAUGGCGCCAAUAGCCUGGUCUGGUCAGGUGUUCAAAAUGCGACUGCUGGGACUGUUUACACCACAAUGUACGGUUUCUCUACUGCAGGUGUCGCUGCUGCAUAUGCUGGCGGUCUCCUAGGAACUAUGGUCGGAGGUUACUACUGUGGCAAAGUCGGCCGUAUCCUUACACUUCGACUUGCGCGCCGCAACAACGGCAUUUCCGAGUCUGAACAUGCGUUGUGGCUUUUCGCUGCCUCAAUGUUUAUUGUUCCGUUCAGCAUGCUUCUGUAUGGCCUUGGGGUGACAUAUCACAUCCACUGGAUCGGCCUCGUCAUCUCUCAGUUCACGCUUGCAAUCAACAACGCUCUCUGUGUGGCAGGCUCACUUGGCUAUGCCAUUUCUUCUUACCCUGAACUCAGUGGCGGCAUGGUCACGACUUGCGUCAUAAUUCGCAACACAAUGAGUUUUGCAAUCAAUUACGGCAUUACUCCUUGGUUGAAUCACAUGGGUUAUCGCGACACAUACAUUAUUGUUGCAGCGAUUGGAUUUGUCUGGAAUGCUAGCAUUUUUGUUGUUACCAAGUACGGCAGGCGAGCCAGGGAGAAGAGUGCAGAGAGAUACUGGCGUGAUGUAGCAAAAGCACAUGCCAAGGGGUUGAGUCAUUGA